UACGUAAACAUUGUCUGUUGACGUGGCGCGGCAGUAGCUAGCAGGUAGGAAACUAUAAACGAAGACUAAGGUGAGACCGGAGAUAAUCUCGUAGAAGUAUGAAUAUUAUCCAGGUCAACUGAUUGGUCGGUGUUCACAUAUCUCAGUACAGUGAAGAAAAAUGUCCAGUGUAAGCCAGCACUAUGGGUUCCAGUCAGCCACCAUGGUGCAGCCUGCCAAUGGCGGUCAUGCCUAUCUGUUUGGAAACAAUGGCUCAGAGAAUGAUCUGUCGGAGGAGGAUGGGGAGAGCUAUGAGCUGCGGCCACGUGGCAGAGAGAGGCUGCGGAGAAGCACCUCCAGAGAGAGGAUGGACGAUAUUAUCUACCUGACCAAAGAUAUCCAGGAGGGCGACACCCUGAACAGCAUUGCCCUGCGGUACCAUUGCUCAGUGGCUGAUAUAAAGCGUGCCAACAACUUCUUGGCAGAGCAGGACUUCUUUGCCCUGCGGUCAGUCAAGAUUCCUGUGAGGCGCUUUAGUGUCCUCACUGAGACCCACAGCACUGGACCUCUCAAAUCUGCCUCCCCCUCAGGUGCCAAGCGCCUCCACCACAUCUCACCUGUUACCUCCCUUCCCACGGAGUCCUCUACAGACUCUUCCUCUUCCACUGACAGUGUGGAAGGAUUUCUCAUAGAGAAGGACAAGGACAUUGAGCGGCUGGUGAAAUCCACAGGUUCGUCUCGGAGCAGUCUGAAUGAAGUUGUGUCCUCCUUGACGCUGCAGCAGCCGCUACUCGGAGAAGUGGAGUAUAAACUGGUACAGAGAAAGGACCCUUAUUAUGGGGCAGACUGGGGCAUGAGAUGGUGGACGGCUGUGGCCAUUAUGCUGGUGGUUGGCAUUAUCACACCUGUGUUUUAUCUGCUAUACUAUGAGGUUCUCGUGAAAGCUGACGUCAGCCAUCAUGGCAUUCCUACAGAAGCUCAAGCCAACAGACCUCAUGGACCUAUCCAAGGCAAUAAUUUAGACCUCCCUGUUGAAGACAAGGCAGGGGCUGGACAAAAUGAUAAUAAUAAGGUUAUUGGGGAUCCACAGGGACACGUGGACAAAAAGGCAGGGACUGGACACGAUGAUAAUACUAAUGGGGAUCCACAGGGACAAAGCAAGUGAACAGUCAACAUGGAGGGCAUGAGAAAACAUAAAAAGGGAUUAUAACUUUACCUACAAAUUUGUUGCUAACUCAGAGACCUAAUAAAACUAGGUGAAUGGUCCCAUUGUUAAGUAGUUUUUUUUACACCUAAUACAUCAAUGCAAUCUGUCACUUUUGUAGUAAGGGCAUUCAUUUUUAUAUGGUUGAGAAACUAGGAAUAAUGGUGUGGCCUCUGUCAUUCCUUGUCCAUCUAUUAUCAGUUACAAGCUUUUUAAACCAGGAAUAACAAUGGGCUAAAAACAUUAAGCUUUGCUGAACAUUUUCCAAUAGACGGAUAUAUUUGAGUUAUCAGUGUAGCCAAUAGACUUGAGGUAAUGUUUUAGUUAUCGAUGCUGCUGCAUUCUCGGCAAGCUGCACACAAACUAUAUCCAGGGAGACAGACAGCAACACUCUAACCUACUUGUUUAUUCAGCAAUGGCAGCAAAUCAUAAUUUGGAUUUUAUGCAGUUUUCACCGUUUCACUUUGGCGCAAAUGCAUUUUUUUUUUGCCAUGUUGGAAGUUGUAUAUUUUCAAAUGCUUUGUCUUGGGAAAGUGUGAUUGCUGCCAUUGAGUUUAAUAUAGAUUUUAUUUAUUUAAACACUUAAGAUAAUUACACUAUCAGUAUUGAGAGGUACCAGUUGAAUUGUGUUUCUAAUUAUUGAAUUGUUCUUACCUUUAGCUUGCCUAGAGAGAACUCAAUUUGUUUUCCUCCAUUUCAAAGCGUGGUGAGGAAGAUGGGAAAAGCACAUUAUUCCCACAACUCAUUUUUUCUAAUUAUGUGAGAUUUUAGACUUGGUUAUAUACCUCUUUUAUUGUAUCCCCAUGUUCACUUGAUACUUUAUGAACAAGCAUUACAUGUUUUGACAGUAUGUGCCUUUCAACCAGUGGAAAUGUGCCACAGGCUGUAAAAUAAAUAAAUCUAUUUUAAAUAAAUUAU